AUGAAUAGUUUUCUGCUGCUUGUUCUCCUUUGUGUCGGCUGGUUAACUCUGGGUGUUUUCGCGGCCGCUGAUUCAUGGUCUUAUACUGAGGUAGACCAAGAUGGCCCAAAAAACUGGACAGGUACCUGCAAAUCUGGAAAGAAACAAUCGCCCAUCAACAUAAAAAUGUCUGACACUAAGUAUGAGAAGAUGACUGAUUUCACACUCACGAAUUACGAUCGACCCUCCUCUCUGAAUCUCACGUUCACGGCUACAAACAACGGUAAAAUUGGAACAGUUGUAUUUAAAGUCCCUCCGAAUAUCUACAACGUUAGUGGCGGAGGACUGAAAGGUGUUUUCACCACCGUUCAGUUCCACUUUCACUGGGGGUCAAAUGAUUCAAUAGGAUCAGAACACACUUUGGACGGGAAAGCGUUCGCUGCUGAGUUGCAUUUCGUCAGUUACAACACCAAGUACUCAGAAUUUAAGGAUGCAAAAAACAAAUCAGACGGGCUUGCCGUGCUUGGAGUGUUCAUCGAGGUUGGCGAUAGAAAAAAUCAAGCAUUUUCAUUUUUAGAUGAGUAUCUUGGUAAACUCGUGAACAGCAGCUCGUCAGUACGUAACAUUACUACGUUUGCUCUGGCACCUAUGUUGCCUUGGACCACACUUCAUAAGUUCUUCCGGUAUCAUGGUUCCUUAACAAUUCCUGGUUGUGACGAGAGUGUCACUUGGACACUUUUCAACGACUCCGUGCAGAUCUCACGUGAACAGAUAGAGUGUUUACGCAGCCUCGCAUACGCAUCAGGCAAGAAAAUGGUUAACAAUUAUCGUCCAGUACAGCCGCUCAACACAAGAACCGUGAAGAACAGUUUUCUACAUCCCUCUUGCCCACUGCUAAACUCUACCAGCAUCAUCAUCGAUAGAAACGCUGGCCUAUUCUCACUGUUGUUGCUCUCUGCACUCUUUAAACACUGAUUAUAUUCGCAGUG